AUGGUUGAAUUUGUUGGGAAUGAUAAUGAGGAUGUAAUUGAGGAUGUAAUUGAGGAAGUAAACAUUACGGAUGAUGAAGAAGAAAAUGGAGCCGAUGAUGAUGUAGUGAGUCCUCCAUUUGUUGGGAUGGUAUUCCAAAGUUGGGAAGAAGUGGAUACGUACUACAAAAGGACUAAGGAUGGGGAAUGGGUGGUUAAAAGGGCAGUUAAUGAGCAUAAGAACCAUUGUCCAACACCGAGGAAAUCUAGCGAGAGGAAUGGAGUUGAGAAUGUGACAUUCACCAAAAAUGUUCUUCAAAACAUCAUUGCUAGGGAUAAGGCAGAAAAGAUGAAGGAGGGAGAUUGGAAUGCAAUGUGGAAGUACUUUAAAGCGAUGUCUACUGACAACGAAAAUUUCUUUCACAAGCAUAGGGUGGGUGAGUAUAACAUAUUAAAGGAUGUGAUGUGGGUAGAUGCUAGGAGUAGAGCUGCUUACGAAGAGUUUGGAGAUGUUGUAGUGUUUGACUCCACCUACUUAACAAACGAGUAUGACUUGCCAUUUUCUAACUUUGUUGGGGUUGAUCACCAUGGUCAAACCAUUCUGCUUGGGUGUGCAUUGUUAUCCCAUGAAGAUUCAGAGACCUUUGAAUGGUUAUUUACCGAGUGGUUGUCAUGUAUGUCUAACAAAAAACCCAUUGGUUUUCUUACUGACCAAGACGCUGCCAUGAGGAAGGCCCUACGAGAAGUAAUGUCUGAUGUCCGACAUCGAUGGUGCUUGUGGCACAUACUUACCAAGUUCAGUCACAAACUUGGAAAAUACAAUGACUAUGAGCUGUUCAAAGUUGAGCUUCAUAAUGUGAUUUACAACAGCCUUACCCAGAAUGAAUUUGAAGUGCAAUGGUGUGAUGUAAUCAACAAGUAUAAACUGGAGGGUGAGAUUUGGCUUGCAGGAUUAUACCAUGGAAGGGAAAUGUGGGUGCCUGCAUUUAUGAACGGGAUGUUUUGGGCUGGAAUGAAGAGCACUCAAAGAUCCGAAAGCAUAAACAGGUUCUUUGAUGGGUUCGUUUAUAAGCACACUCGAUUGUUUGAGUUUGCUCCAUUUUAUAUUAAAGUAGUGGAAUCUAGAGCUAACGAUGAGCAACAGGCUGAUGCAGCUGACCAAAGGGCAGUUCGCCCGUGGGCCACCCAAUUUAGUGUUGAGAGAGCCUUUAGAAAGGUGUACACAGAUGCAGAAUUCCUCGAGGUUCAAGAGCAGUGCAAUCGUGUACUGUACCUUACUUCUCUUGAGACUACUAUGGUGUCAGCUGAAGUUGCACAUCAUAAGCUGGAGGACAGAGUGUGGGUGUUGUGUAAGGAAACCCGCAAGGAAUUUUCAACAAAGUACAGGCGGAAUUAUAUCGUGCAGAUAAAUUUGGAGAUAAAAUUGGCGGAGUGCGAAUGCAAGCUAUUUGAAAGUGACGGUAUACUUUGCAGGCACAUUAUAAAAGUGUAUGACAUGCAUGACAUUCAAGAUGUCCCAGAUGUUUAUAUUCUUCGUAGAUGGAGGAAAGAUGUGUCAAGAAGCACUCGCGCGUGA